UUUCUUCCAACACAUCCGCCGCUUCCUGGCCGGCCCAGGCAGCCGCCUCAGGCCCCGCCACACACUGAACCGUUAUCCGCUUGUCAUCACUUUCGUGCCGGGAAACACGGAGCUCCUCUGCCCGGUCUGCGGGGAGCUGAGAGCGGAUGAAGAGGCUGAAAUCCUCCGCAGACGUCCCGGGACCCGCUGACUGGUAAAUGUUCACCUGUCGGUUCUGUCCACAGCGUCGGGGCAGGAGGAAGGUGGAGCCUGAGGCGUGGUUGCUGUGGUGAUGGUGUUGGACUCAGGUGAGGUCUUCAUGGAUCAGGUAGAGGUUGUCGGGAGCAGCAGGGAGCGGUCCGAUCCGAACAAAAGCACCGCCAAGCCGAGACCGCCGGCCAAGAGGAGCGAUGUCGCCAAGAAGGAGAAGUUGUCUCUCAACGGACUUCCUGUUCAGACAGGAAGCAGCCAUGCGUUGCCCAGGAGGUCAUCAUCAUCUGCAUCAUCAAGACCGCCCCUCCGACGCCCCCUCAGCCUCGAGAUGACCCCCCACUACCUGCGUGGGUCACGGGAGCAGAUGGCCGACAGGCGGGUGGUGCAGCCCCCGUGGCGCAGUGGCUCAGCCGCCCCCUCGCCCCCUGCCCGCAGCCUGACCAGCCCCAGCCUGGGCACCGGGGGCUGGAUGCGCCGCAGUGGGAGCACCUGCUCCGUCAAUUACCCCAUCGGGCUGCGAGCAGGCCGGGGGCAAAUGAGACCUGCCACCUCCCUGCCACACAUAGCCAAAGGGAUGGGCGGCGGGACGCUACCCACACCCACCCGGCCGUGUCUGUUGGUGGCGCUCCGACCUCUGAACCUGGAGCAAGAGAAGCAGACCUUCUUCCUGUCAGACUACAAGUACGAGCCUCAGUUUGAGUACGCUCAGCCGGAGCCACGGAGCGUGCUGGACAAGUACAGAGACGGCGCCGGACUCUUCCUCGAACAGGCGGUGGGGAUCAUGGAGUGCGUCCUCAGAAAGUUUGACUCCUAUGAGAACUUUGAAGAGGUGACGGGCGGCAGCGUCCUCCCGAAAAGUCAGAUCUGGGCGGCUGUUCGAAAGUAUCUUCAGAAAGAAGGAUGUGUGGGAGAGGUGGUGGUGCGUCUCUCUGACGAGCUGCUGUCUCAGGCCGUGAUGGUGGUGGAGAGCUGUCGUCCCACUCUGACCAUCAACCUGUCGGGGGCUCGGCAGCAUUGGCUGGAGGGGAUGCUGAGGCACGAGAUCGGAACUCAUUACCUGCGCGGUGUGAACAACGGCCUGCAGCCCUGGGCCUCCUCCGAAGGCAGGAAGCAGUUUGGUCUCAAACCGGCCAAUCCCACGGAGGAGGGCCUGGCGAGUCUGCACAGCGUGUUGCUACGGAAACAGCCGUACCUGUGGCGCGCGGCAUUGCUGUACUACACAGUGUUCCAUGCCGCCAGCAUGAGCUUCAGCCAGCUCUUCGGACACAUCGCACGCUUCGUCCAGGACCCAGACGUCCGCUGGGAGUACUGCCUGAGGGCCAAGAGGGGCCAGGCGGACACCUCACAGCCAGGUUGCUUCAGUAAAGAUCAGGUUUACCUGGACGGGAUCCUCCGAAUCCUUCGACAUCGACGAAACAUCGACUUCAAGAUGUUGACUUCUUUAGGGAAGGUGUCUUUCGAAGACGUGGAGCGACUGCGGCCCCUGGCGUCCCUCCAAAGGACCAGAAUCCCGCACUUCAUGAGAGACCAGGAGCGUUACCUUCAACACCUGGAUAACAUCGUCUCCGUCAAUGACCUCGAUGAUGCAACGCUGCAACAUCUGCUGCCCUGAAACGGCUCGCCCCUCCAAGCCCCGCCCCUUCCCUGACUCCCCUGACACCGCCUGGCUCCAGGAAGAGGAGGAGCCUAGUACGGACUGUGUCAUGUGAUGAAUAUCAUUUUAAACUUGUCAGUAUUAUCGACGCUUUAUCGGAGCGAUUUUUGUAAAACUUGAAUGAUUGGAACAAAAGGGACGAACACACGAACACCUCGUUCACACGUCUGUCUCAUGCAUGUUUAUGUGGCUUCUUCACUGAGCCCACCGCACUUCAGGUGCCACCCCCCCCCUUUCUUUACUCCUGUACUAUGAAUUUACCUCAAUACUGCAACUCUAUGAUGUAACCUACAUUAUAUAUGUACUCUUACAUAAUCCGUGCAUCCAGCGCCUGUACAGGACUCUGCUAAUCACACGCUUUAUUUAUGCAAUUAUUUAAGUUUUUUUACUUCAACAGAACAAACUGAAUGUCUCUGGUUUUAGUAGCUUUAGACCUUUUUUUAGACAACAUUGUUUUAUGCCUUAGCGUGUUUGCAUUUAAAAAAAAGCACACCAAGGACAGCCGAGACUGAAUCUCUAAAUAAGUGCCAGUGGACUCUUAGUAUUAAGAAGAAAAUCUCAGCAUUAACAGGACAGCUGUUGUUUCUGUAUUAGAAGUGUCCUUGGUGGUCUUUUCUUCUCAGUAUGCUAUUAAGCUCCGCCCUCCAAGGAAACCAAACUGACUUCAGCAGCGUUAAAGGAACAGUUAUUAAAUCGCUAUAAAGUCGCUUUCUUCUAGAGCGCCACAUGGAACGAUUGAUGGCGCUCUGUGAAAUGAUAAGCUCUGUUUGAAAAAAUAAAAAGUGAUGCACACUCAGUUCAGACUUUACCAAACACAUAUUUACGGUUUCGGCUGUGUUGAAUAAGCCAGCCUCCGGGAAGUGCGCCGACCAUUGAAGCCAAAUUUACAUGGUGGCCAAACCUGGUAUUGCGGCGCCACGCGAUGCCGUUGGGUCCAAACAGACUUUUUCUCUCUAGUUCAUGUUGGGAAAGAGACGUCUAUUAAUCAGCAGAUUCGGGGCGCUGGUGGCACAGUGGUUAGUGCGCGCGCCCCAUGUACAGAGGCUGCAGUCCUCCGAGCAGGCGGCCCGGGUUCGAAUCCCACCUGUGGCUCCUUCCCCGCAUGUCACUCCCCACUCCUUCUCUCUCCCUGAUUUCUGACUCUUAUCAUCAUAUCUCUCCAUUAAAGGCCCAAAAAUAAAUCUUAUAGUUAAAAGUUAUAGAUCUCAUUAGAUUUGAUCGUAUUGAAGUUCAAAUUCUUAACGCAUAGAGACCAGAGUGGCGUGCAAUCUUUUCUCGGUGUACAGGUUUUCACGGCUCAAAGCGUGUAACUGUUCCUUUAACGUGUCGUGUACACGCCAAAAAGGCGCUCUUUUUGUUUUGAUCGGUGGCUGAUCUGUCAUAGCUCCACGUCCAGACGUGAUUGGCCGUCUGGAGGAAGCCGGGUGUCGCGACGCCUUCGAUGGGUUAGAACUCAUCUGCUGUAGCUAAACGUGUUUUCGUACACCGCUUUUUACUGUUGGUCACUUCAACCUUCAGACGUCAGUCGGGACGUAUGAGAGGCCACGCCGUCUGUGAGCAGAAUCAAAACCAGGACGUGGACCACAGGAGUCCCACUCUGAACCUGCAUUUGAAAUACUUGAUUAGAAGAAGAGUUCACACGUUCAGCCGUUUGGCGAGCAGCAGCGUUUGAAACUCCUCGCCAACCUUCGGCCUGAAUGCACCUGUUUGUAACACACGAAUGUCGCACAAGUGCUUUAUGUUCUGGAAACUUGUUUCCAGUUUAUUUAUUAAAAAGUUCACAAACCAG